AUGAGCCACAGGAAGAUUCAUUCACAGGGUUACGUGCCGUUUUCCUGGGAAGAGAAGCCUGGAAUCUCCAAGUUCAACCACCAAAAGUCGUCAUCAGACGUGAGCAUAACCGAUCUGAAACUAUUGCCCAAAAAUGCCAGUGGGGCCCACACCAAUGUCAUCCCACCUCCUCCAUGUAAUUGUCGACCGUCGACUAAAAGCUUCUCAAGAAGGGGGUCGUGGUGGCUGGACGACCCGUUUCUUGCCGCUUUGAGUUCGUGCACAAAAGGUGUUCCGAAAAACGAGCCAAGUAAGGGGAAGAAUGUAAUCGGCAAGAGGGUCGACAUCUUCUCGUGCAAGCAUUCGUGUGAUGUUGACAAAGAUAAUUUCGUGAGGCUUACGAAGCUUCCUCCCAUUCCUAAGGAGAGGCCGCAACCGAGGUCGCGACCUCUCUGGAGACAGGGGCUGAAGGCACUCACUCGACUGGGGUGUAAAAGCGUGCAUAGGGUAUGCGGCCAGCGCAUGAGUUUCUCGCAGGGCGCUGUGCCGCGGAGACCUGGGCGUGCAUGUGUGCCUCGUCCUAGGCGUCCAGAGCGCAAGCGCGUUAGCUACUCGAAAGCACGCAAGAGUUGCACGAGGAGUUCCCGUCGACCAUGUGACACGCGAGUGUUGACACGACCCAGAGACGCCGUAGCAGCCCUUAGCUGUGCGCACGACGCAUGCACGAGCGACCCGACAACGUGCGGUACACCCGACAUCGUAAAAUUUCAAGACAACGGUUCCGACGAUGACGCGACGAUUUUGGCAAGGGGGCUAAUAUGGAGAUGA